CUCCUGGUGGUGACUGGGGACGGGGACUGCGCUCUGCAUUAUUACAAGGGAGCCUAGAGGUGUCAGUGUCCAACAUGGCUGAAAGGACAGCUUUUUUUGGGAAAAGAAGCAGACUGAAAACCAGAGGAGUUCAGCUGCUUCAGUCUUACAUGCUUGCAGAAGGCUUGGUGGUGGUGAAGCGGGGUGGGCGGAUACCUCUGCUUGAAGUUACCAUUUUUGCUGUGGCGCCGUGGGCACUUUUCUGCUAGUGCCUUACAAAUGGAUCCAUUGAUUUGUCCGGCUAUUCAAUCUUCAUGACACAGCCAAUGCCGAGUACUUUGUCCUCACCCCCAGGCAGCCCCUUCACAGAGCAUGAAUACAACCUCUUUUUCUCUGCCUUGAAGCCCGCAUGGAAGGCAAGAAUCAUUUGUCAGAUCCGGCGUAGCAAAGGUUGCGAAGAUCCUAGAAUUGAGCAACUGGACCAGUACGAGAACCAUGGCCAGAUUCCAGAAGGUCCUAUCUGUGCUAACCUUCCCCAGACCCCACCUUUUGAGAACUUUUGUCAGUUUGCCCAGUUUCGAUGUCUGAAUCAGAAGUUCUACACCAAGCGGAUCCUGUGCAGUGAGCUGCCUCCUGCUGAAGAGAUCAGUGUCCCAGAAAAGACAUCCCAUUUUCAGGGCCCAAUAACGACAACAACAAAGAGACCUGAGACUUUCAUCGUGAAGGCAGCAGCUCCAAUCCAGGAGGACACCAUGCUUCCGAAGCAAGCUUCCCCAUCACCCCUUGACAAUCGUCUCCGCUCCAACAUUGAUUCCAUUUUGAAAUACUCCUUUGCAGUCUCAGGCCAGGAGCCAGUGCCCAGGGAGCCAAAACUGGCUCCGCAGGGUCACUGGGGCAUGUUCCAAACUCCCCCACAGGAAGUGGUGCCAAUCCCCUUAACUCCCACCUCUGAAACAGAAAUCCAAACAACUGAAACCACAGAAGGGCAAGAGGACCAGAACCUCCGGGAAAACAUUCAGCGUUUGAUUGGCACAGCAUUGGAGCAGACCCAGGAUGAGAAGAGCACCCAGGCUCCCAGUACCAGGAGAACAGAUCUGAACGUCCAGCCAACAAUCCCAGAGACCAGGGAGUCCAAGGGCAGCCUCUUAGCUCUUGAGAAGGACGAAGCUCUGGUGGUUCUCUGCUAUGCUGUGCUGCAAAGUAUUUGCAUUUCCUCUGCUGUUAGCAAGGCCUGGAGAAAAAUGGAGGCAGAAAACUUUGGCUUUGGGCACACGGUGUGUGACAGCCUUGGUCGACGCCAUGCAGACCUAUGCUCUGAGUGUGCAUUCUGCUCCCUGAAGACCGAGCAGUGCAAAGGGGUCUCCAACCUGAAACGUGUGAACUGUGAAGGUGGCACAUUCACAAACUACAUCAAUUCUGAGAUUCUGGCCCAGCACCGGGCCGUAGGCGCCAUGGUUGUCCCUGCAAAGAAGGAAAGUAAUGAUAGGAUGGCAGCGAAUGACAAGCAGUGGCCAGAUGAUGUGUGUGGCCGCUUGGCCACCCAUGGCUGUGACGAUGACCAUGUAGCUCUCUGGUUGUGGAAAGAAUAUUCCCAUUUCGAAGGAGGUGAUCUCCCAGGCCAGAUCUGUGACUCAACAAAAGUUGUGCACCCUAAUUACUGUGCCUUCAAGAGCCACCAGUGUUUGCUCUACAGCCUCAGUGGAAGGAAGGUACUGCGGCGACCCUGCCAGAAAAAUGUUGCAUACCAUAUGCUAAGCAAGAAGGACGGGGAAAAGGAAGUUCUGUUCUGGAAAAAGACAUUCUUGACCAAAUCGGAGGGGAAAGGGGAUCAACACAAGGGCGCAGCUGUGGCAGGGACCAUGUGGGAGGCAAAGAAAUGGCGACGUUACUAUCACUACUCUUAAUUUGUGACUCUCUUCUCAAGAACGCCAUUUGACCCAGUCUCUGUGGUUUAAGCAUCCAUUUCUUCUGUACUGUGCUUGAUGUUAGACGGGAUUUUGCUGUCCAAUCUGCUUCAGAAGCACUGCAGUUAAGUGUGUCUCUUGAGCAACAACUGUCCUUCAAUCUUUGGGGCUUCUCCGAGACUCUGCAACUAUGAACGGAAUCCACAAAAAGGCAGAUAGUUGGUGAGGAUCGCAGUUUCUCCCCAGUGGCCUUUGUACCUCAUCCUCAUCAGGGAAUUCAAUCCUGAACUAUUGCAAAGUGAUUUAUAUUAUUGGUUAUAAAGAGCCAUUUCAAUCCAGA